UCCCUCUAUGGUCGGUCGCGCUCUCACCUGGGCCUCCAGUGGGAGAAAAGGGAAUGGGGAAGGACCCGUGCGCGGGUUAGGCCACCAGGGGCCACCGUGCUGGUGACUGUUGCCUAGUGACGGGCUGCAGGCCGCGCCGGCCGGGCGGUGGGCGCCUAAGAGAAGACUGGCUGGGGUAGCGGCAACCUGGAGGGAGCGGAUCCGAGAGGCCCGAGUCCGCCGAAGAGGCCUUAAGGCUACGGGUGACUCGGGAUCGGAGUGGUCUCUCGGGAGGGAGAGUCUUCCGCGCCAGCGCGGGAGCUCCGGUUUCUGUGGUGGAGAUCUUGGUACCCUUUUGGGAAACAGGACACUACUCCGGAACUGGGUGACUGUAACUACCUAAUACACAACCAUGGAGUCCAUGCUUAAUAAGUUGAAGAGUACUGUUACAAAGGUAACAGCUGAUGUCACUAGUGCAGUAAUGGGAAAUCCUGUCACUAGAGAAUUUGAUGUUGGUCGGCACAUUGCCAGUGGUGGUAAUGGGCUAGCUUGGAAGAUUUUUAAUGGCACAAAAAAAUCUACAAAACAGGAAGUGGCUGUUUUUGUCUUUGAUAAAAAGCUGAUUGACAAAUAUCAGAAAUUUGAAAAGGAUCAGAUCAUCGAUGCUUUAAAACGAGGAGUCCAACAGUUAACACGGUUACGACACCCUCGACUUCUUACUGUCCAACAUCCUUUAGAAGAAUCAAGGGACUGCUUGGCAUUUUGUACAGAACCUGUUUUUGCCAGUUUAGCCAAUGUUCUUGGUAACUGGGAAAAUCUGCCUCCCUCUAUAUCUCCAGACAUUAAGGAUUACAAACUUUAUGAUGUAGAAACUAAAUAUGGUUUACUUCAGGUUUCUGAAGGUUUAUCAUUUUUGCAUAGCAGUGUAAAAAUGGUUCAUGGAAAUGUUACUCCUGAAAAUAUAAUUUUGAAUAAAAGUGGAGCCUGGAAAAUAAUGGGUUUUGAUUUUUGUGUGUCUUCGACCAAUCCUUCUGAACAAGAGCCUAAGUUUCCUUGUAAAGAAUGGGACCCAAAUUUACCAUCAUUGUGUCUUCCAAAUCCUGAAUAUUUGGCUCCUGAGUAUAUACUUUCUGUGAGCUGUGAAACAGCCAGCGAUAUGUAUUCUUUAGGAACUGUUAUGUAUGCCGUAUUUAACAAAGGGAAACCUAUAUUUGAAGUCAACAAGCAAGAUAUUUAUAAAAGUUUUAGUAGGCAGUUGGAUCAGUUGAGUCGUUUAGGAUCUAGCUCACUUACAAAUAUACCUGAAGAAGUCCGUGAACACGUGAAACUAUUGUUAAAUGUCACUCCAACUGUAAGACCAGAUGCAGAUCAAAUGACAAAGAUUCCCUUCUUUGAUGAUGUUGGUGCAGUAACACUUCAAUAUUUUGAUACCUUAUUCCAAAGAGAUAAUCUUCAGAAAUCACAAUUUUUCAAAGGACUGCCAAAGGUUCUACCAAAGUUGCCCAAGCGUGUCAUUGUGCAGAGAAUUUUGCCUUGUUUGACUUCAGAAUUUGUAAAUCCUGAUAUGGUACCUUUUGUUUUGCCCAAUGUUUUGCUGAUUGCUGAGGAAUGCACCAAAGAAGAAUAUGUCAAAUUAAUUCUACCUGAACUUGGUCCUGUAUUUAAACAACAGGAGCCAAUCCAGAUUUUGUUAAUUUUCCUACAAAAAAUGGAUUUGCUACUAACCAAAACUCCUCCUGACGAAAUAAAGAACAGUGUUUUACCCAUGGUUUAUAGAGCACUAGAAGCUCCUUCUAUUCAGAUCCAGGAGCUGUGUCUAAACAUCAUUCCAACCUUUGCAAAUCUUAUAGACUACCCAUCCAUGAAAAAUGCUUUGAUACCAAGAAUUAAAAAUGCCUGUCUACAAACAUCUUCCCUUGCUGUUCGUGUGAAUUCCUUAGUGUGCUUAGGAAAGAUUUUGGAAUACUUGGAUAAGUGGUUUGUACUUGAUGAUAUACUACCCUUCUUACAACAAAUUCCAUCCAAGGAACCUGCAGUCCUCAUGGGAAUUUUAGGUAUUUACAAAUGUACUUUUACUCAUAAGAAGCUGGGAAUCACCAAAGAGCAGCUGGCUGGAAAAGUAUUGCCACAUCUCAUUCCUCUGAGUAUUGAAAACAAUCUUAAUCUUAAUCAGUUCAAUUCUUUCAUUUCCGUCAUAAAAGAGAUGCUUAGUAGAUUGGAGUCUGAACAUAAGACUAAACUGGAGCAACUUCAUAUAAUGCAAGAACAGCAGAAAUCUUUGGACAUAGGAAAUUCAAUGAAUGCUUCUGAGGAGAUAAAAGUUACAAAUGUUGGGAAUCAGAUUGACAAGGUUUUUAACAACAUUGGAACAGACCUUCUGACUUGUGAAUCAGAAAGUAAAGAAGAUGAGUUACAAAAUAGACAUAAAAGAGCAUCACUUACACUUGAAGAAAAGCAAAAAUUAGCAAAAGAACAGGAGCAGGCACAGAAGUUGAAAAGCCAGCAGCCUCUUAAACCCCAAGUACACAAACCAGUUGCUCCAGUCAAACAGACUAAGGACUUGACAGACACAUUGAUGGAUAAUAUGUCAUCUUUGACAAGCCUUUCUGUUAGUACCCCUAAACUUUCUACUUCGAGCACCUUCACUUCUGUUCCUUCUGCGGGCCUUGGUAUGAUGUUUUCUACACCAAUUGAUAAUACAAAGAGAAAUUUGACAAAUGGCCUAAAUGCAAACAUGGGGUUUCAGACUUCAGGAUUCAACAUGCCAGUUAAUACAAACCAGAACUUCUUCAGUAGUACAAGCACACCUGGAGCGACCAAAAUGACUCUGGGAGCACCUUCUACUUUGCCAAACUUCGGUGCUUUGAGUGUUCCUCCUGCUGGUGUGAAGCAGACUCAACAAAGACCCACAGAUAUGUCCGCCCUUAAUAAUCUCUUUGGCCCCCAGAAACCAAAAGUUAGCAUGAACCAACUGUCACAACAGAAACCAAAUCAGUGGCUUAAUCAGUUCGUACCUCCUCAAGGUUCUCCAGUUAUGGGCAGUUCAGUAAUGGGAACACAAGUGAACAUGAUGGGACAAUCUGCCUUUGGUAUGCAGGGUAAUCCAUUCUUUAGCCCACAGAAUUUUGCACAGCCACCAACUACUAUGACCAGUAGCAGUUCAGCUAGCAAUGAUUUAAAAGAUCUUUUUGGGUGAGGUUUCUUACUCCUAUUUUUCAAGGAUUAUUUCUGUUUUAAUCAUGGGUAAGCUGAUUUACAUCUCUGUAUAGAUGGCUUGAAGAAACUGCUUCUAUGGGAAAGUGAAUGGUCCUGUGACAGAAAACACAUGUUUUCAUGCCAGCCAGCAUAGUAAUUGUAUGGACUCCUAACCAGUUGAGUUUUUUAAAGCAUUGAGGAUUUUUUUUCCCUCUUACAAACAACUCUUCAGGUUUUUAGAGACCCAAUCCUUACCAAUCUCAAAGAGAAAAAGGACAACUGAGUUAUCUUGAAUAGCAGAAUUUUUAAAUCAAAUGUUUAUUUUGGCUUGUAAAUCUUGAUGUUAUUAAAAAAUUGAGUUGAUGGUAACUGCAGGCUCACCUGUUACAUACUGUGUGGUACAGUCUACCUUCAUGAGUCAUUAGUCUUCAUUUUAGUAUGUGAAAAAUCUUGAUGCUAUAUUGAUUUGUUUGCAUUUAGUUUGAGAAAAUGAUAAGCAUAAAAAGAAGGGUCAGGUCAUUUGCUUUUUUCAAUCAUUUAAGCUUUUUUGAUGAACUAAUGUUGAGUACAAAAGUCUGAGAAAUACUGCAAAAUUUAAUUUGAUUUCAUUGGUUUAAAAGCAUCAUUAACAACCAUCUCAAAUGCAAACUAAUCAUUGUGAAUUAUAUUUUAGCAUGAUCUGCCUCAAAUAGCAAUGUAUUUUUCUGCAUUUACUUGGAUAUAUUUAGAAUCCAUUUUUUUCCCCUACUGUGUCACAGAAGAGGUAUGUACUGAUUUGUACUGAUAUUUGACGAAGCACUCUGAUGUGAUUUCCCUGACUACUGCCUUUAUAUUCUGUUUCCGAUUCUGCGGUUUCAACUUCUGAGGUUGUAGCAUAUAUGAAUCACAUUUUCAAAAAGAAAUUUGUAAGAAUUAAACUAUAUUUCAUGAGUAAACUUUUGAGAUUUCUUCUGUAUUGUUUUAAAUGUAAUAAACUUUAAAAACGAGCAGUUAUGUGUUCUGGCUACCCACAGAUUAAUUUUCAGUUGCCAUGAUAAUCUGAACUCAUAAGUUGUUACUAUUAAUUCUUUCUUUUCUAGGGACUCCAGGAACUUUUUGUUUGUACAUUGUAAUGUUCAUAAUCAGCCAUUUUUAGAAAGCAAAGAAUAAAUUCUCCUAACAGGAAACAUUUUAUUUUUCAAAAUCUGUCUCAGAUGUUUUUUUUUAAUUUGCUGAUUUUUCAACCACAGAGCCUUAUGCUAUAAAUGUCAUUUGUAUUUUUAAAAAUUAUAUUUCACCGUUAUGUGAUAACUUUAAAACUUUUAAAGAACUGUGUAUGUAUUAUAGUUGCUGCCAUACAGUUUGUGGUUUUUAAUUAUCUGGAGCCAGCAAUCAUUUAAAAUAAAUCAUAUGAAGUUUA